UGAUCCAGGUUUGUUUGCUCAUCUCAACCCAUAUAACUGAUGAGACGAGAGUCUAUCUGAACCAACCCUACCUGCACCUGUUAGAGUCACUGUCCAGGAUGUCUUCUCACCUGCAAAGAGCUAUGGAGGACCUGAUCAAGGUUUUCUACUGCUACUCAGGAAAAGAAGGCGACAAGUACAAGCUGAACAAGAAAGAGCUGAAGAAUAUGUUACAAGAGGAACUCAAUGACUUCCUGAAUGGCACUAAUGAUGCCAAAGUGGUUGAGAAGAUCAUGCAGGACCUGGAUGAAAACAGAGACGGUGAAGUGGACUUUCAGGAGUUUGUAGUUCUGGUCGCUGCGCUCACUGUUGCCUGCAAUGAGUUCUUUGUGGACCUUGUUAAAAAAGAAAAAAGGGGCAUUUAAAAAAAAGAAAAGGGGCAUAUUAAAAAUGUGUGGGGAGGGUAACAACACAGACUAAAGUCAAGCUUUUAGCAGAACUGAUAUAGAAACAACUAUAAGGUAUGCAUCCAUGAAAUUCACUUUGUAAUGUUGCAAAAU